AUGUAUCGUUAUUCGUCUACAAAUAAUAAAACUCUCAUCAAAGCCGCGUCGUCUCUUUUGAUAGCAAAUAGUACUAAUCAUUCGCAUGAGCCACUAUUUGAUCCACUCAAUUAUGAAUUCGAUGCCGAAAGCAUCGGUGAACCAUUUACUUAUUUUCAUAACGGUCCAACGGAAUCUCGUCGAAAAGCGAGUGAAUUCUCCUCACCAACAAUAGCUCAUCUUUCUUGGUUACCAACUCAUCAUAGCAGCAGUUUGAUAUCAUCGCCAGAUGCCAGUCCACAGAGUUGCUAUUCACCAACAAUGGGCGAGCAAUUCAAUGGCAUGGUUCAAUUGAAAACUCCACAAAUUCUUCCACAACAACAACAACAACUACAAUCAUCGCAUUCGAAAACCAUCUGUAGACAUUGCAAAAGUCACAAUAUGCCCGAAUGUCUCUAUACAUCUCAUACAAUGUACGAUGAAAAUGGCGUCAUAUUCUGUCCUGUACUGAAAAAAUGUCAUUGUAACACGUGCAUGCGUGUCACUAAUCCAGUCACUCUUCGUGACGAUGAUUCUGAUGAUGAUCAUAACAUUCGUUCACCGACGAUGGCCAAUGAACUCAGUCAUCUCUACGGCGUUUAUCCACGACAAAAUUCUUAUCGGACGAGUACGAACAACAAUUUCUGA